GCUGCGGCCGCGGGUCCCCCACACCCCAGGGGCGGAGCGAGGCGCGGAGACGUCAGGGCGGAGGACGAGCGCUGGGCGAGCGCGCCCUCCCGGCUGCUGCCAGUGGCCCACGUCCCCGACUGGCGCGGCCGGCGGCGGGGAGAUGCAGGGAGCGGCGGCGCUGGGGCGCAGCCAGGCGGCCGGGCGGGCGGGGGCCAGAGGCUGAGCCGGGCGAGCCAGCCGCGCACACAGUUCUGCCCGCCACCUCCGAAGCGGAUCCCCGGACGCCCCUCGGCUCUCCCUGGGUUUCUAGCAAAGUCCCCCCGGGGUGUCCAUCAAUUUCCUUGGGUGACUACAGCGUGUGUUUUGUUUUUCUUUCUUCCUUCCCUCCCUGUGUGCCCUUCUCCAGGAUGGCAGAGGCGGAAUUGCACAAGGAAAGGCUGCAAGCCAUAGCAGAAAAAAGAAAGAGGCAGACGGAAAUAGAAGGCAAGCGCCAAGAGCUGGACGAGCAGAUACUUCUGCUGCAGCAUUCCAAGUCCAAAGUGCUUCGGGAAAAAUGGCUGCUGCAGGGUGUACCUGCUGGAACUGCGGAAGAGGAGGAAGCCAGGCGGCGGCAGUCUGAGGAGGAUGAGUUAAGAGUCAAACAACUUGAAGGUAACAUUCAGAGGCUGGAACAGGAAAUACAAGCACUGGAAAGUGAAGAGUCCCAGAUAUCUGCCAAAGAGCAAAUCAUCCUAGAGAAACUAAAGGAGACAGAAAAAUCCUUCAAGGACUUUCAGAAGAGCUUCUCCAGUACGGAUGGAGAUGCAGUAAAUUACAUUUUCUCCCAGCUCCCCGACCUGCCAAUCCUCUGUUCACGAACAGCACAACCGUCACCUGGGCAGGACGGAACCAGCAGAGCAGCUGCUGUGUACGCCAUGGAAAUUAAUGUGGAGAAAGACAAACAAACAGGAGAGACCAAGAUUCUCUCUACAUCCACCAUUGGCCCAGAGGGGGUCCAUCAGAGAGGAGUCAAAGUUUUUGAUGAUGGUACCAAAGUAGUGUAUGAGGUGCACUCAGGAGGCACCAUAGUAGAAAAUGGAGUGCACAAAUUAAGCUCAAAGGAUGUAGAAGAGCUUAUUCAGAAGGCUGGACAAUCAAGCUUAAGAGGAGGGCACGUGUCAGAAAGGACUGUGGUUGCAGAUGGGAGCCUCAGCCACCCUAAGGAACAUAUGCUGUGUAAAGAAGCCAAGUUAGAAAUGGUCCAUAAGUCUAGGAAAGAUCAUACUUCUGGGAACCCAGGGCAGCAGGCUCCAGCCCCCAGCACUGAAGGGCCGGAGGCAAACUUGGAUCAGCCAGUCACCAUGAUUUUCAUGGGCUACCAAAAUAUCGAGGAUGAAGAAGAGACGAAGAAGGUGCUAGGCUAUGAUGAAACCAUCAAGGCUGAGUUGGUCCUCAUUGAUGAAGACGAUGAGAAGUCAUUGAGGGAGAAGACGGUAACAGAUGUGUCCACUAUUGAUGGCAACGCAGCUGAGCUGGUGUCCGGGAGACCCGUCUCAGACACCACAGAGCCCUCAUCCCCCGAAGGGAAGGAAGAAAGCCUGGCCACGGAGCCAGCCCCAGGAGUUGGGUGGGAGAGUGUGCUGCUAACAGGAGAUGAGAUAACCUCGAAAGCCACAGACACAUCCAGCGCAGACAUGACUGUCAAGAAGGCUCCCGAGCUUUCCGAGGAUGAUAUCCGGCUAAAAAACGAGAGAGACAACUGUAGUGGCAAUCCCCUGGAGCCUGCCACCACCUCUCUUCCCCCAGAUCACAAAAACAUGGAAAUUGAGGUCUCUGUUGCAGAAUGUAAGAGUGUUCCCGGAAUCACCUCGACUCCACAUUCCAUGGACCACCCCUCCCCUUUCUACUCACCCCCCCACAAUGGCCUCCUCGCUGAUCACCAUGAAUCUCUGGAUAAUGAUGUGGCCAGAGAGAUCCGAUAUCUAGACGAGGUGCUGGAGGCCAGCUGCUGUGAUUCUGCUGUGGACGGAACCUACAACGGCACGUCUUCCCCAGAGCCUGGAGCAGCCAUCUCGGUGGGCAGUCCAAGCCCACCUGCCCACACGGCCGUCCAGCCGGAACCCACCGAGAGAGUGGCUGGCAGGCAGGCUCCCCCUCCCCUGGAGCUCCAUCAGAGCACCUCUGACACCAUGGCAGAGGGUGAAAGAGCCAACGGCCGCCCCCCCGACCAGCCCAGAGACCUGCUGGGGAAUAGCCUGCAGGUACCCGUGAGCCCCAGCUCCUCCACCAGCUCGCGAUGUUCCUCCCGAGACGGCGAGUUCACGCUCACCACGCUGAAGAAGGAAGCCAAGUUCGAGCUGCGUGCCUUCCACGAGGACAAGAAGCCCUCCAAGCUCUUUGAGGACGACGAGAGUGAGAAAGAACAGUACUGCGUCAGGAAAGUGAGGCCUUCAGAAGAGAUGCUGGAGCUGGAAAAGGAGAGGCGAGAACUCAUCCGGAAUCAGGCCGUGAAAAAGAAUCCUGGCAUCGCCGCCAAAUGGUGGAACCCUCCGCAGGAAAAGACCAUCGAGGAGCAGCUGAACGAGGAACAUCUGGAGUCGCACAAGAAGUACAAGGAGCGCAAGGAGAGGAGGGCGCAGCAAGAGCAGCUGCUGAUACGGCAGCAGCCGGCCGCCCCGCAGCUGUGCACAGCCCCCGCAUCCUCUCGAGAACGUUCCAGCGUAACUGACAGCGCAAAGGAGGACAUCGUCACGGAGCAGAUAGACUUCUCUGCAGCUCGCAAACAGUUCCAGCUGAUGGAGAAUUCCAGGCAAACAGUGGCCAAGGGCCAGAGUACACCCAGGCUCUUCUCCAUCAAGCCCUUCUACAGACCUCUGGGGCCAGUCAACUCAGACAAGACACUGACCAUCUCGAGACCAGCUUCUGUCGGGGGACCUCCCGAAGACUCCUCAGCAGCCAAGGGACAGAAAGCCCACUGUGCCCUGGAGAACCAGUCUUCUGGAGGAGGGGGCCAGGGCAGCACAGUUCCUCAGGGGAAGGAAGGGCCGUACAGUGAGACCUCCAAACGCGGGCCCUUAUCCAAACUGUGGGCAGAGGACGACGAGUUUACAAGUGCCCGGGCUGUCCUCACCGUGGUCAAGGAUGACGAACCUGGGAUUUUGGAUCAGUUUUCAAGGUCAGUCAACGUCUCUUUGACUCCAGAGGAACUUGACUCCGGCUUGGAUGAGCUGUCGGUGAGGUCCCAGGAUACCGCCGUCCUGGAGACCCUGUCCAAUGACUUCAGCAUGGACAACAUCAGUGACAGUGGGGCCUCCAAUGAGACAACCAAUGCCCUCCAGGAAAAUUUGCUGGCUGAUUUUUCUCUGCCCCAGACUCCCCAAACUGACAACCCCUCAGAGGGCCGAGGAGAAGGUGUCCCCAAGUCAUUCAGUGAUCAUGGUUUCUAUUCCCCUUCGUCCACGCUGGGAGACUCUCCGUCGGUUGAUGACCCCUUGGAAUAUCAGGCUGGUCUUCUGGUGCAGAAUGCCAUCCAACAAGCCAUAGCCGAGCAAGUGGACAGAGCUGUGUCUGAAACCAACAAGGGUGGAGCAGAACAGCAGGGACCUCAAGCAAGUCUGGAGGAAGCUGGAACUGGGGCUUCCAGCUCAGAGAAGCCUCAGAGCAUGUUUGAACCACCUCAGGUGUCCUCCCCUGUUCAAGAGAAAAGGGAUGUAUUGCCAAAGAUUCUGCCUACUGAAGACAGGGCGCUCAGGGAAAGGGGGCCCUCCCAGCCACUGCCGGCAGUGCAGACCAGUGGCCCAAUAAACAUGGAGGAGACCAGACUGGAAGGGAGCUACUUCAGCAAGUACUCAGAGGCAGCUGAGCUGAGAAGCACAGCCUCACUCCUGGCCACUCAAGAGUCCGAUGUGAUGGUUGGGCCCUUCAAGCUGAGGUCCAGGAAGCAGCGGACUUUGUCCAUGAUCGAAGAAGAGAUCCGAGCAGCCCAAGAAAGGGAAGAGGAGCUGAAGAGGCAGAGACAAGUCUUGCAGAGUACCCAGAGCCCCAAGGCAAAGAAUGCCCCAUCACUGCCCUCCCGAACAUCGUGCUACAAAACUGCUCCAGGGAAAAUAGAGAAAGUCCAACCUCCUCCAUCCCCCACACCUGAAGGUCCCAGCUUGCAGCCUGACUUAGCCCCCGAAGAGGCUGCCGGAUCACAGCGGCCCAAGAAUCUGAUGCAGACCCUCAUGGAAGACUAUGAGACACACAAAUCUAAAAGGCGCGAGAGAAUGGAUGAUAGUAGUGUCCUUGAGGCCACACGGGUUAAUCGAAGAAAGAGUGCAUUGGCCUUGCGCUGGGAGGCAGGGAUCUAUGCCAACCAAGAGGAAGAGGACAAUGAAUAAUCAACAUCCUUCCACCCAGGAAGCUUCUUUGGUGCUUGGGUUCCCAAGAAACCAAGAAAUCAACACAUCAAAGCAUUUUAAUAGAAUAUUUAUUAAAGUGCAAACAAACUCGGCAAUCCUUAUGCAGACCAGAAGAAGUUGCAAUGUACAAUGAUGAAACAUCAAGUGAAAAAAGAAGUCCACCCAUCAAACACGAACUCCCGGGAGUCAAAAGAGAAAGGGUUUUUUUUUUUUGUAACUCAAAGAAUCCCCUGGGUUUGGACCACAGUUGAUCCAAAAGGACAAAGAAGUUACAAGCAAAUUGACAUGGUUGCUACAGGCAGAACCAAGAUUAGCCUCUCUGGGUGAUGAGGAAAACAAUGGUAAUGUGGCCAUUUGGAGAAGCCACAGAGCUGGUGCCAUCCACCCAGCAGAGGGUAUUUCCCUGUGCCUGCACCGGUUUCCACCCAUCAUAGCAUCAGAGGUGUUGGACUAACCCCAUUUACUCCAUCAGCUAUAAAAUAAUGCUUCUCUCUCUACUUGCCCAGAAGAGGCAACUAUGGUUCCAUGUCUCUUCCAUUUAAUUGUUUUGAAUUGGGAGCAAUUAAGGAUCGCAAUCCAUAUUUUGAAGACAAGAUUUCUUCAUGUUGCAAACACAACCUGUUCUGCAUUAGGAGGUUGAGGGAGAGGGGAGAAAGCCAAAGCAAAUGGAUUAUUUUAGCUUUAGGAUCUUGUCUGCUUAUGAUAUUGACUGAGCUGCAGUUUAUGAGAACACGUUUUCACAAUUCUGUUUCUUUAUAUGAAAACUAUAUUUAGUGGGCAACAACUAUUUUUAUGAUGGGAUGGGGGAAUAUAUCCAUGUAUAAAACCUAUACACAUUGAACAGCUUGGUUCAAGAGGGGAGGGGUAUUUUUAGAGUGGUAAUAAUUGAAAAAAGGGCAAACUCUGCCUUAGGGAGGUAGAUGAUGAGAAAUAAAGAGGUGUUUAUAACUAUAUUUUAUAUGUAAAGUGGACCUUCACGGGAGUAGGAAGAAUGAUAUUUUGGAUCAAUCAGAAGGAAACAGUAAAGAAAGCUCAUGAAAGGUAGAGAAGAAGGGAGGGAGAAAGAGUGGGAAAAUAAGGAAGUUAGAGAUAUUAUUUUUUCUGAGCAACCAGUAUUUUUCAGGAUGAUACAGAGGAAAAUAUAGAAUAGAAACUUAAGUGCAGGCUUAGGUUCAGCUACAAAUCCUAAAGGUGGUGUGCGUGCGUGUGUGUGUGUGUACACAUGCCUUUGUGUAUGUGUGCAAAGCGCAUGUGUGCUCAUGAGUAAGGGUGUAUGUGUGUGUGUGAGGAUUAAAAUUCCAGAAUGAUCACGGGACAAGGGUGUUCACUUAUUUCCUCCAAAGCUGUUUGCCAGCGUCAGGAGUGAGUGAGAAUUUCUUUUUUAUGAAAAGGAUAUAGAGGCUCCGAGCUGAUGCAGUAUUUGUAAUAUUAAAUUGACCUAACAUGGUAUUUGCAUGAGUCACAAUGGCAAAGUUUUGAGCAGUUUUGUAAUUUGACAUUUAGGAAAGUAUCAUAUUUAUUCUCAUGCUUUGUAUUCAUGCUUAGUAUACACUAAAGGAUGCCAGCUUUACUCUUUCUGUCAUUUAAAGCAAUAUGAUAAGGGUAUUCAAUCAUUGAAUGCCCUCAAUUUCUGGAUGAGAAAUUUUUCAGUCUGGCCAUGAGAAAAAAACUGACCAGCCUUCUUCUUUUCCGUCCCCUUUGAUUUAAAACUGUGGUUUUUAAAAAAGCAAUAAGUAAGUCAGACCUCACUAAAAUUCAUUUUUGUUUUUAUGUCUUUAUGUCAUAAGCGAUAAUGUGUUGUUCUGACAAGUAGCAGUUCCACCAAAUUUGUAUGUAGAUGUCAUGCACAUUAUCUUUGCUUCUUUUAUUAGACUAGUGUCAACGUUAGGGGAAAGUUUAUUCAUAAACAAGUGGUGGACACAAAGUAAAAAAUGGACCUCUCUGAUAACUUACAAGGAUCCUUUGAAACUGCCAAGGGAACUUGCAAUUUGAAGCCAAAUUCUACAGAUGGAUAAUUGGCGCCAUCUUUAUAUGGUUCAUGCUCCUGAACAUUCUGAAUGAAUAGUCAACAAAAUGUGCUAGACGCUGGGGAUAUGAAACAAAUAAGAUCCCUGCCUUUAGGAAUUUAUUUUCAGGUGGGAGAGGCUGGCAUGGAGACAGACAUUCCCAGGAAAAUGAGAUGAGGAGUCCUGACAGGUGAAAUAGGGACACCCAGGAAGGAAGGAUGCUUUGUCUGAGGACUUCCAGCGUUCCCAAGACAGGCACGGGAAUGAAAACAGAUGGGGCAGCAGCAUCGUGUGGCCCAGGGAUGCAGGAGCUGCCAGGAUGCCUGGAGAACAGAAUGGUUCUGUGGGUUGCACAAAAAGUGAAGCAUGCUUCAUGAUUUCUGGACUAACUCCGGAUCUGGUAGUGACCAUAGACUUGAUACAGAUGAACUCCCCAUCUUUCGCAAGAGGAAACAGUCCUCAGGACUUCCCUGAAGUUUUUGGUUCUGUUUUGAAGGAAACUGUGUACCCACCUUAAAACUACAUUUGAGAAGAGAAUGGACAGCUGAAAAGAAAGCUUAGGAGGCCACACAAUUCCUGGAAUCGCUUUAGAGGCAGAUAAGUUGGGCUUUGACUGCAGUUGAUUGACCCAGACACACUUAGGUAGAGUUACAGAGCCGGGAUCCUUUGGUUCGCACUUUGGAUAGGCAACACAUGCAGCGUUUCCGUGACUGUCUCACAGUCACAAAACCGUUUAACUGUGGCCCCUACAUCUCCAUCAUUUGCUUGUUCCCUUCUGCUGCCUUCUGAUGACUGCUGUCCAUUUCCUUGUUCCACUCACAUAUCAUCCUGUUAAGAUGUAAAUUAAAGUUCCCUUAGCAGAGCCAGAUUUUCUCUGUGCUCUUGAGUUUUUUACUCAUUUAAGAAACAUUGGGCCAUGCCUUUUACAUAGGCUCUGGGAUCCCAAAUGAACCCCUUUAACUUUGUGAAGAUGCAGCAGACCCCUGGCGGAAAGUCAUCCGUGCCUAAUCCAUCGAGAAGAAGAGGCUUGUCCAAAAAUUGGCCUCUGAUGCUCAUCCCUGCCCCCAAAUAGCACACAAGCUUGUUAAUCUCAGCUAGAACAGAUGUUUAGAUUCUGUAGAUGUUAAAAGCUUUCCUGAAAGUACUCCAUUCCGCAGUGUUGAUAGAUGUUCACUUUCCUCUGGAACUGAUUACUGACAUUCCUUGGCUUUCUCAUCCAGAAAUUAUGGAAACAGGGUCUGUCAGUGGCAGGAGGCUGGGCUGUGUCCUACGUGAAUGACACAUGCAGUUUCCUUGCCUCUUUACACCCAUGCAUGCUGCCCACCCUAGACAGUGACAUAUAAGCAGUAUAUAGCUCAGUGUCCACAUAUAUACACAACACACACACACACACAUCGCAUAACAAGGAACACUAAGUCAGUGUUGACUCGUCUCAGAAGACAAAUAAUUAAACAUUUUUCCAACUAAAGAAUGGAUGUAAUUAAACUAUGUAUUGAAAAAAAAAUAGCCUAAGUGUUUAGAGAAGGUGACUAUAUCCAGUUGUAGUAACAGAACCAAUUUCCUGAAUUUUAAGUAUUCAGUGAGUGAGCUGCCAAUUUUGAUUUUGUGUUGCUCUUUACCCAAAUGACUUUUUUUUUUUCUUUUUUGGAGGAGGGGGCAAAAAGCAGCAAUACUGUGUUUGAAAAUGAUACUCUGUAUCUGGCUCUCCUGUGUAUGUUAACCACUUCAAUGUUAUUAUCCUGCUUCGGUUUUAUAGUGAUUGUGAGGCAUUCAAUGCAAGUAUACAAUAUUUUCUCAUUAAAA